AUGUUUGUAAUAACGAUGUUCAGUGGAGUGAUCGGUUCAUAUUGGGCCACAUUGUUCGCAAGUGCCGGAUAUAAAGUAUGUUUGUAUGACAUUGAUGAGGAACGAAUUGAGGUGGCGAAAAAGAAUAUUGAGAAGAAAUUACGUUUACUUGCAAUUGACGACUUAUCACGUGGACCAGGAACAGCAUCCGAGCAAUUCAGAAAUAUAACCUCAACGCUAGAUCUUCGUAAAUGUCUUGAUGGAUCGAUUUAUUGUCAGGAGUCAACGGUAGAGUGUGAGAAAUCGAAGGCAGAACUGUUCAGUAAGCUAGAUGAAUUGGCUAGUGAAGAUAUAAUCCUCGCAAGUAGCACUUCAACGAUUCCGGCAUCUCGUUUCACUGAACGGUUGAAAAGAAGAUCACAAUGUAUUGUUGCUCAUCCAAUCAAUCCUCCAUUAUUUAUUCGUCUUGUUGAAGUUGUUCCUUCUCCAUGGACAUCGGAUGAUACCGUUAUGAGAACUUGUACUAUCAUGAAGACGAUUGGCCAGUCACCGGUUCGUUUACAGCGGGAAGUGGUUGGCUUUGCGCUUAAUCGAAUACAAUACGCCAUCAUCGCAGAAGCAUGGCGUCUUGUUAACGAGGGUAUUCUCUCACCUGAGGAUGUUGAUAUUGUAAUGAAAGAUGGUUUGGGUCCGCGUUAUGCGUUCUAUGGACCACUUGAGAUUAUGCAUAUGAAUGCAAACGGAAUUGAAGAUUAUAUGAAUAGAUAUGCGAAUGCUAUGGUAAAUGUGUUGAAAGACUUCGGUGGAACACCAACAUUCGAGGAAAAUAAUGCUCGCACGACGAUCAUAGAAACAAUGAAUGCCCGUAUGCCGACUUCAAAGAUGGCUGAAUUCUCGGUGGAUCGUGAACGUCGACUUGCUGAAUUGUGUAAACUGAAGAAACGUUUUGAAGCCGAAGCACAGAAUGGCCUAUAG